GUGAAAUCUUAUAGUUUUAGGGUUUAUAAAUAGGACCCCUUAGUUCUCAAUUAAAUGCACAAUUUUAAAGUUAUCAAACACAUACAGUUGUGAGUUCCUACAUUCAGGUAUUCAUCUAGCAGAUAGAUAUGGCAUACAACUCUGCAAGCGCAUUGGAUGAAGCUACACUCAAUGAAAAGAGAAAUAUGGCUAUCCAAUGCUUGGCACAUUUGGCUGAACUUUCGACACCAACAAACUUGUUUGUCGAACAAAUGAGCUUAGUAGGAGAUGAGGGCCAAACAGCUGAAUCUGGUCCUGGUAUUUCAAGGCUCCUGGUUAAGUAUUCUAUGAACUAUAAGAAAAGUGGGUUACUCAAACGGUUGAUGUUCUAUCAAAACGGUGAGUGGUUAGACUAUCCUGAACAUGUUGUCGAAUUGGUUAAGAAGGAUUUUGAAACCAAGAAGGCAACCGCGGAGGUAGAGUUGGACGGUGAGAAUCUUGUGAUGUACUUUUUUCAUAUGUGUAAUAUGAAUUUGAAGACGGGUUUGCGACAACCCAUUGCUUGGAUUGAUGAGGCUGGGAGUUUUUUUUUCCCUGAACUUUUUGCUAGUGUUGAUGAAGAACCUAAUAACAUAGGCGAACAAGAGGGUGGGGAAUUAAAUGAGGUGGAUGAUUCCAAGUUGGGGGAGCAUAGUGGAGAGUCUAAUGCUUUAGCUAUGGAUGUAGAUGCUAAUGGUCAUGAUACCACUAACAAAGUGGAAAAUGAAAACAUUGGGGAAACUCCUAACCAAGACAGAGAAAUAGAUUUAAAUGCUUAUACUGAACCAGGAUAUGGAGAGUUGGAUGUAGAUUAUGUACGUAAUCUAUUUCUCACAGGAAUGACUACUUUCGGCGUUAAUGAUGAUGACAUCGUCGAUAUUUACUGCAACUCAAGCAUCUCAACGCAAGCGCGACUGGAGUUAUUCCAGAAGCAAGCUGAUAUCACUAAAGGAAUUCACGGGGAUGCUAAUGUUCGAUACGGUUGGCUUGCAUGUUCUAAAGAGGAACUGUCUACAAUAAUGCAAAAUGGGCUUGACCACAAUGCACUUUCUUCGUCUAAGUGCAUAUACGGAUUUGGGAUUCAUCUUGCUGCUAUUACCCACCCUUAUGCUUGUGUCCCUUACUGUGAUGCUGACGAAAACGGGGUUAAGCACUUGAUCCUUUGUCGUGUGAUAAUGGGGAACAUGGAGCAUCUUCGUCGUGGAAAUAAUCAGAUUCGUCCUAGAGGUUGCGAAUAUGAUAAUGGGGUUGAUGACAUAGAACAUCCAAAAUACUACGUGGUUUGGAGUAAUAAUAUGAACACUCAUAUUUAUCAAGAAUUUGUUGUCAGCUUCAAGGCUUCUUUGGAUGCUGAAGGAAAUGAACGAUCGAAUGAGAUUAUGAAUGUUGUUUCUGGGAAUAACUCUUCUAUAUCGGAUACUGUAAAUGCUGAUGGUGUGCUGACUAACACUCGAAGAGGUCCAACAUCGCCUUGGCUUAAAUUUCCGAUGUUGUUUGCUGCAAUAAGAAGCAGGGUUUCUCCAAAUGAGAUGCUUCUUAUAAAGGCACAUUACGAACAAUUCAUGGAAAAGAAGAUUUCCCGUAAGGAUCUUGUGUUGAAGGUGCGAUUGGUUGUUGGAGACAAUAUAAUGAGAUCUGCAAUAACUAAUCUUCCAUACAGGAGAGCAUCAAAUGAUGACCUAGAUGACGGUGUAACCGAAAAUUUAUAAUAAGGAGGUGGAAAUCUUUCACUUGGAGAAGUUAACUAUUGUCAACAUGAAGUUGUAAUAUUGUUUUCUAUUGGGAGAUAGUUAU